ACAUAAACAAACGAGCAAGAAAAAACGUCAAAAAACGAAUCAGGAUUAGGUAGUGGCCAAGCAAGCAACGAACGAAAUUAUUGCUGAAAACUUACGAAUUAGUUCAUAAACUAGCUUAAUAGUUACAAUGGAGGAAACGGACGUGCACAUCGACGUAAGCGGCAACAUGGAACCGCCGAAACAGGAGCCCAAAUCUGGUUUUAACAUGUCAGCGUUUACCAGUUUUGCCCGCAUCCCGAAUAUGUGGGACCUGUUGAGGCUUACGCGACAGAACGUCCGGCCCUGGUCGGAGUUUUUGCAGACUUCAAACUUCAAAACGGUGGCCAAUGUUCCACGGCUUACCAAUCGAAUCAUCCGGAAUCUGGGUUAUUUUCAGAGCAAUUAUCUGUUCGUUUUUCUUGGGCUGAUCGUCUAUUGCUUGUUGACAUCCCCACUGAUCCUGAUCGUUUUGGGCGGCGUGUUCUAUGCGUGCUACAAAAUCAAACAGGCCAACGCUCCCGUGGCUUUCUUCUCCCGACAACUGAACACAAAUCAACAGUGCAUCGCGGUCAACGUUGCUUCGAUCCCGUUGCUGUACCUGGCCGGAGCUGGUGCCGUGAUGUUCUGGGUUCUGGGAGCUUCCUUCUUUGUGAUAUCGCUACAUGCGGCCUUCUACAACAUUGACGCCAUCGUCACCGAGGAUACGGAAUCCUUCCUAACGGAAACGGUUUAAACUGUCGAGCAUCGUCGAGGGAGUCAAUUAUAAAUUCUAAAUCUUUUCUACUGUAGCUUAGCGACAUCUCCGAACACUAACGGGAUUGUGAAUCAAUAUUAAAAUCUCUUAACAAAAUACGUGAAUGACGUAGUUGGUGUACUCAUAGUAACCAUAUUUUUUGUGUUUUUGCAUAUCCUAAUCAACUACACAAGCAAAGCAAUACUUUGUGUUAAAAUUUCCACUAUCCGAAGAGUUAUUAUUUGACUUAAUAUUAGAUGAUCAAUAUACGAUAUUUAUCACCUCUUUUGUUUGAAGCAAAAAUUGUUUGAUAAUUAAUAAAACGAUAAUCAUCACAGUA